AUGGUGAAGAGAAAUUUACUUCAAUUCAGCAAAAGCAAAACAAACUCAAUUAAGAUAGAAAGCACAUCUGAACAAAUGAGAAGCUUAAGAGUCAUAAUUGAAAUAUAUGUAGAAGACUUUCGAACUUCAAAAGCCCUUUUAAUCAUACAACAAGAUAUUUCUAAGUCCAUGGGCUUAGUGUAG